AUGCCAACUGUGGAAGAAAUUUGUGAAUAUUUGCAUACGGAAAUUUCUCAGUUUUCAGAGAGUGAACAAAAUAGGCAAAAGCCAAAUCAAAAGUGUCAAAAACCUGUCACUGGGCCACCAGUGAGAGCUCUUCAAGUUGGAAAUUUAGAUGAAUCUUCUCGUACAGAAAAAUUCAAACCUUCUACGAACAUUAAUGGUAAUAAUUCAAAACCGGGGAAUUCGCUAUCACCGUACUUUAAAUGUGUUCAGUGCCAACCAAAUCCAAACCAUGCUACGGCGCAAUGUAGAAAAUUUAAUAACAUGAGUCCUGAAGCUAGAAGGGAUUUGGUGGUUCAGCACAGACUUUGUUUCAAUUGCCUUUCUAACUCUCACGGCGUUAAAGACUGUAAGAGCAAAAAAUGUAGUAUUUGUUCUAAAAGUCAUCAUACAAAAUUGCACGUAGCUCAGAAUACCGCAUUGCCUACUCAGAUGUACCAACAUACCCCAGCAUCGGAGAAAUCAGUUCUUGGAAAAAUGGACCCUACUUCGACUCUUAGUUCCUCCUCACACCAAAAUAAUGUAAAUGUCACUUGUCAUGUGAGUGAAACUAGACAAUGUACAGCGAUCCUUCCAACAAUUCAGGUUUUAUUAACGGCAAAAAACGGCCGAACGCUGUUAGCUCGAGCUAUUCUCGACUGUGGAGCGGAUCAAGGAAUUUUAAGAGCGGAAUGUUGUCAAAAAUUAAAGUUGAAACCAAACCUUAACGGCUCAUCAGUUUCUGGUUUGUCAGAAACUCCGGUUGAGACCAAGGGAUCUGUUGAAAUAACUAUUUCAACGCCGGGAGGAAAGGUCGUGGCACCGGAUUACCCUAUGACAGUGGUAAANAAUAUAACGGGAUUAUUGCCCUCUGUUCCUCUGGAUCCGAAACUUAAAAAACUUUUGCGAAAUUAUCCUUUAGCAGAUGAAACAUUUGAUGCACCUGGUAAACCAGACCUGCUAUUAGGAAUCGACCUGUAUGCUGUAAUAGUUACAGGAGGUCCGAUAACUCUCGGUCCGUCACUUCCUGCCCUAAUUCCGACUAUAUUUGGAUAUGUCGUUAUUGGGAAGUCUUUUAACCCUCUCCCUUCCAUGCAUUCAGAGCCAUUGCGCCCUCCAGAAUGUACUUCAUCCACAGUGCUUGUGUGUUGUAACAUUCAAAGUCAAGUGGAAAAUUUUUGGAAAAUGGAAGAAGCCGAUCCACCGUUGGCUCGGAAACCGGAAGAUGAAUUUGCUGAAAAGUUCUAUCAGGAGACUACAAUUCAGCUUCCGAACAAAAAGUAUCAAGUUCGCCUACCCUUCCGCCCCCAAGCGUCCCAUCUUGGUGAAUCUCGUUCAAUUGCUUUGAAACGGUUUCAUCAGUUGGAGGCAAGAUUACAAAAGAAUCCCAGAUUAAAAGAAAUGUAUGUUAAAUUUAUGUCCGAUUAUUUAGAAAAUGGCUAUAUGAAGCCAGUUCCUACUCCUUCUACAGAGGUGCCACAUUUCUAUAUGAGUCAUCAUGGAGUGAUAAACGAAACCUCAAGUACAACAAAAUUAAGAACGGUGUUUAAUGCUAGCAUGAAGACUUCAAACGGGUUAUCUUUGAAUGACCUAUUGUUACCUGGUCCCUCUUUAUUGGAAGAGAUACCGACUAUUUUGUUAAAUUUUCGUAGACAUAGGACUGUUUUCUCGGGGGAUAUAAAGCAAAU